AUGGUUCUACUCACACACAGCACCAGCCUGUACCUCCUCACAGCUAUCAGUCUGGAGAGGUGUCUGUGUGUACUCUGGCCCUUUUCGUACCAAUGUCACCACCUCGGACUUUUAUCCUUUGUCUUGGAGAGCUGCUUGUUGCUGGCAUCCAUCAACAGCAGCGUCAAUCCAGUUAUUCACGUACUAGUUGGGUGCUAUGGAAAGUCCAGGUUCAGGGGAUCCGUCAAAGUCGCUCUUGAAAGGGUCUUUGAAGAAAAGAUAGAUCCCUAA